CUGUCACCCUCAGGCAAAGGAAAGAUUUAGAAAGUCGCCAGAGGAUAUUUUUUGCAGGAGAGGUCACUCUCUAAAUCUAGGCAAGGAAGGGGAGGAGUCUGAGCCGGGUCCCGCCUCUUCUCCAGUAAAGUCCCACUCCAGCUCUGGAGGCUCGAGUUCCGAGGACUGGGAGCCGCUGCACGCCCCCGACUUUCCCCCAUGGCUUCGGUGACUAGAGCCGUGUUUGGAGACCUGCCCUCAGGGGCAGGGACAGUGGAGAAGUUCCAGCUGCAGUCAGACCUGCUGAAAGUGGACAUCAUCUCCUGGGGCUGCACCAUUACGGCCCUGGAGGUCAAAGACAGGCAGGGCAGGGCGUCAGAUGUGGUGCUCGGCUUUGCAGAGUUGGAAGGUUACCUCCAAAAGCAGCCCUACUUUGGAGCCGUGGUUGGCCGGGUGGCCAACCGAAUUGCCAAAGGAACAUUCACAUUGGAUGGGAAGGAGUAUAAGCUGCCCAUUAACAAUGGACCCAACAGUCUGCAUGGAGGAGUCAGAGGAUUUGAUAAGGUCCUCUGGACCCCUCAGAUGCUGUCAAAUGGCGUCCAGUUCUCGAGGGUCAGUCCAGAUGGUGAGGAAGGCUACCCUGGGGAGUUGAAAGUCUGGGUGACGUACACGCUGGAUGGUGGGGAGCUUAUGAUCAACUACCGAGCCCAGGCCAGUCGGACCACACCGGUCAAUCUGACCAACCAUUCUUAUUUCAACCUGGCAGGCCAGGGUUCUCCAAACAUAUACAACCACGAAAUCACUAUAGAAGCUGAUGCCUUUUUGCCCGUGGAUGAAACCCUGAUUCCUACAGGAGAAGUUGCUCCAGUGCAAGGAACUGCCUUUGACCUGAGGAAGCCAGUGGAGCUUGGAAAACACCUGCAGGAGUUCCGUAUCAAUGGCUUUGACCACAAUUUCUGUCUGAAGGGCUCUAAAGAAAAGCACUUUUGUGCACGGGUCCGUCAUGCCGGCAGCGGGCGGGUGCUGGAGGUGUACACCACCCAACCUGGGGUCCAGUUCUACACGGGCAACUUCCUGGACGGCACGCUGCAGGGCAAGAGGGGAGCCGUCUAUCCCAAGCACUCUGGUUUCUGCCUGGAGACCCAGAACUGGCCUGAUGCUGUCAACCAGCCCCACUUCCCUCCUGUGCUGCUGAGGCCCGGGGAGGAGUAUGACCACACCACUUGGUUCAAGUUUACUGUGGCUUAAGCGUAAAGACAUGACCUCUUCCAGGGCCAGGCCGGGAGCCCCUUCAGCAGCCUGUCUCCUUCCCAGAGAGGAGAUGAAGACUUAGAGGCUUUCAAAGUGAUCCUGCGAAUUGAAACCAUGUAAAGGGUAGCUUCAUAGUAAUGAGUCUGAGUAUCGAUUUCCUUUCCCGGUGACUGGCUCCAGGUCGGGGCUAAGGAGCAGUUCUCUCCUCUGUGUGGUUAAGAGGACCCACCCAUUAAUGUCAUCUCUUGAGCCCCAGCCCUAGCCCAGAAGAGGUACCCACACCCCUUGUACUGGGUUGGCUCUGUCUCUCCACGCUGUUGCCGCCUUCUGCUUUUUACCCUUUCUUUGAUCCUACCCUUUCCUCUUGUUGUCCUCCUCCUCUGCCUCCUCCAACCACUUCCCUCCCGUGCAGUACUGUGGCCUUUUCGGUCUCUAAGCUCCUGUACCAUGGCUGGCAGAGGGGCCUGUCUGCCCUGGGAAGGCUGGAGAUGCCAGAGAGGGAGGGAGCUGGGGCUUCGGGAGGGUAAACGUCCCUCGGAAAAAAACACAAGGCUGGGGAGCGCCUGGGGGCUCAGUGGGUUAAGCCUCUGCCUUCAGCUCAGGUCAUGAUCCCAGGGUCCUGGGAUGGACCCCCACAUCGGGCUCUCUGCUCAGCAGGGAGCCUGCUUCCCUUCCUCUCUCUCUCCGCCUGCCUCUCUGCCUACUUGUGAUUUCUGUCAAAUUAAAAAAAAAAAAAAAAAAAAAAAACACACAAGGCUGGGAACGAUUUUAGUCAGGACUUGACAUCAGGUCAUGCACAUUCAAGUCCCCUUCUUUGCUCCGAUUCAGCUUGCCAGGGCAUUCCUGGGGUCACUGAGGGGGCCAGGCUUUCUUCCCAGAUUCAUGAUUGUAAGAAGCAUGAGUCUGAGUCGGAGUUUAGGUUUCUUAAAGAUGUCCCUUAAAGGGCCAGGUCCAAAUAUCCAGAGAGAGUCUGUAAUUUUGAUUCUGUUUUUGGGAUUGAGAAAGUCCCAGCUCAGCCAAGGCGAGGAGGGCAGCCAACAAGCCACUGGAGACAAGAGCCGCGUUAGUGUGGAGACGGGGCCUGAGGACGGCACAUGGCACCUGGAGCGAGAAGUCGUGUUGUGUAGAUGAGGCCGGGCUCCCCCCUUUCCUGAGCCAUUGAAUUACCAGCUAUGGGUUUGGGUUGGUGGUUGGUUUACGCUUUUUAAAGAAAUGUACCUUAUACUUUUGUACACUAGCAACCAGUUGAAAUAAAACAAAAAGCUGCAUCUUCAGAAGA